UGAAAGGGUUGUUCACCCCCAAAGGGGUUGCGACCCACAGGUUGAGAAUCGCUGAUCCAGAGUUUGACCAGAUGGCAGGGGGCGGGAACCUAAGGGGCAGAUCAGUGGACACACCUGCUGUAUCUGGGGCCAGCUGGAGCGGGCAGCAGUCCAUGGUAAUACACUUGCCCCGCCCCUCCCUCUGGCGCUCACAGGUGCUGGACUGAGACAUGAGCCCACCGCUGGGCCGCAGCAGGCCCCGGUAGCCCCCACGGCGUGGAGAGGAGCAGGCGCCACCUCCAGUGGGGGCCGAGGGGAGCAGAGCCGUCCAGCUGGACGCAGGGCCGGCCGCCAUGACGAAGUUGCUCGUGGCCAAGCUGCUGUGCAUGGUGGGCGUGUUCUUCUUCAUGCUGCUGGGCUCCCUGCUGCCGGUGAAGCUCAUCGAGGCCGACUUUGAGAAGGCCCACCGCUCCAAGAAAGCCCUGUCCCUCUGCAACGCCUUCGGAGGCGGAGUCUUCCUGGCCACCUGCUUCAAUGCCCUGCUGCCCGCUGUGAGGGAAAAGCUGCAGCAGGUGCUGAGCUUGGGCCACAUCAACACUGACUACCCGCUGGCCGAGACCAUCAUGAUGCUGGGCUUCUUCCUCACCGUCUUCCUGGAGCAGCUCGUCCUGACCUUCCGCAAGGAGAAGCCGUCCUUCAUCGACCUGGAGACCUUCAAUGCCGGCUCAGAUGCAGGCAGCGACUCUGAGUACGAGAGUCCCUUCAUGGGCAGCUCGCGGGGCCAUGCGCUCUACGCUGAACCCAGCCCGCACGCCCACCCCCACGGCCUGAACGUGCAGGAGCUGUCGCGUUCCGGCCCGCUGCGCCUGCUCAGCCUGGUCUUCGCCCUCUCGGCCCACUCCAUUUUCGAGGGCCUGGCGCUGGGCCUGCAGGAGGAGGGCCAGAAGGUGGUCAGCCUCUUCGUGGGUGUGGCCAUCCACGAGACGCUGGUGGCCGUGGCCCUGGGCAUCAGCAUGGCCCGGAGCGCCAUGCCACUGCGGGACGCAGCCAAGUUGGCUGUGACGGUGAGCGCCAUGAUCCCGCUGGGCAUCGGCGCUGGCCUGGGCAUUGAGAGCGCCCAGGGCGUGCCCAGCAGCGUGGCCUCGGUGCUGCUGCAGGGCCUGGCCGGCGGGACCUUCCUCUUCGUCACCUUCUUCGAGAUCCUGGCCAAGGAGCUGGAGGAGAAGAGCGACCGGCUGCUGAAGGUGCUCUUCCUGGUGCUGGGCUAUGCUGCGCUAGCCGCCAUGGUCUUCCUCAAGUGGUGAGGCCGGGUCACCGUGCCGGGGACUCGGGCCCUGACCUAGCGCCCACCCAGGACCCUGGACCUAGCCCAGCACGAGGGCCUCAGCACUUGGGACCCGGGACCCAGAACCAGGGACUCAAGACCUGCCUGACCCAGCUCUCAGGAUCUAGGAACUUACCCAGCACCAGGGACCUGGGACCCAGCAUCCAGGACCCAGGACCCAGCUCAGCAUUAGGGACCUGGGACCUGGAACCCAGGGCUGAACCCAGCCUAGGGCCCCAGCAGUUGAGAACCAAGACCCAUAACCAGGGACUCCGGCCUCACUCCCACACCAAGGGACCCACCCGGACCACUUGGCCACCAUCCCCAUGCACAGAGGCACCCUGGACCUGGGGGGACCCCCAGUCCCUGAACCGUGAGGCACUGCUACUACUACAUUUAAAAUGACUUCUCUCUAAA